AUGGCGGGCGCAAAGUCGUCGGUUCUGCUCGACGUGAAGCCGUGGGACGACGAGACCGACAUGGCCAAGCUCGAGGAAGCCGUACGAGGCGUCGCCAUGGAAGGGCUGACAUGGGGUGCAUCCAAGCUUGUUCCGGUUGGGUACGGGAUGAGCAAGAUGCAGAUCAUGCUGACGAUCGUCGACGAUCUCGUGUCCGUCGACGACCUCAUCGAGGACCAUCUCUGCGCCGAGCCCGUCGACGAGUUCGUGCAGAGCUGCGACAUUGCCAGCUUCAACAAAAUAUGAAAUAACUCGUCGCAUUCGAAGAAGCAGUUGAUUUCGCAGCACAAAAUUUCUAGUAGCUAGUUGGUUUUCUCGUUACCGAGUUGUUCUUAGUUAGAGUACUUUGAUACUGUAUUGUCAGUCGUCACGUGCGCAACUACAUGUCCAUCCUUGUAUUUGAUGUUUCGAGGAAGCCCUCUGUGGAAGGCUUUUUUUUCUUAUAUGAAAAGUAUUUAAUGUGAAUGGUCAACUCGUUCCUGAGCACGACGAGAA